CAGGCGAGUUUCACGGACGUCAUUCCUCAAGCUGAAAGGACACAGCCCAACCCAACAGGAAUUAAUGUCAUUGCACUUGCAUGUCGUAUAUUUAGUAAAUUCUCCAUAUCGGAAACGAUUAAAUACAUAUAAACGUUAAAAUGCCCUUGUUUGAAGGUUUGGGGAGUGGAGGGGAGAAAACUGCAGUAGUCAUUGAUUUAGGAGCAGCCUACACAAAGUGAGUAUUUAGCUAGCUAGCUAUGUUGUUAGCUGGCAUAGCUAACUUUAGCUAGCUGACUAUGUUAGCUACUGUUAGCAACAUUGGCCACUGCCAUUCAUAACUGCUAAGUAAUGAACAUCAAUCAGAGGUUUCAUGGAUUUAAGUAAAUAUAGACCGACUGUCCACUGUUUAAAGCACGUUAUUUAGUUAGCCAAAAUGUGUUAGUAAUAUGCUUUGUGCUGAAAAAGACCUAGCAAUGUUUAACGUUAGUUGGCUAUCUGGCGAACAGCAGCAGUCUGGCGCCUGUGGCAGAUCAUAUGAGAAUCAGAUGAGACCCUCAGUGACAACUCUGCUUCUGUGUUCUGUGUCUGUCUACUGGACCUUGACACACACUAAGGCCUUUUGUCAAUGAAUGUGGGCUCAAUGAGUAUUGACACUGUCUGACAAGUGUCAAUGAUUUCACCCAUCAAACUAAAUGGUUGUAUGAUGAUGCAGGUGUGGCUUUGCUGGAGAGACGGGGCCCAGGUUCAUAAUUCCCAGCGAGAUCCAGAAGCCGGGACAACAACAGGUGAGUUAGUUACUGAGCAAAUGACUGGUGGUAUUUAACUUAUUGACAGACCAUAUUAAAAUGGACAGCCUCGCCUAUAACCAUUUCUGACGGUGUGUGUCUUCUGUCACAGUCUAUCAAAGUAGUUCAGUACAACAUCAACACAGAGGAGCUCUACUCCAACCUCAAGGAGUUCAUCCACAUGCUCUACUUCAGGUGAGGCUCUUUUGACAUAGUAGUGUGUGUAAUGACUUACACAUCAAUUGUGAUAACCUGAAAGUAACCAUGGGGAGGAAGCCAUUUUGGAGAUGCAUCCCAGGUCAUAAUAACAUGGAUGAUUGAGUGACUGUGUAGUCUAGAAUACAUGUCUGUGUCUACUCCCCCCCUGCCCAGGCAUCUGCUGGUUAACCCUCGUGACAGGAGAGUGGUAAUCAUCGAGUCCAUCCUCUGCCCCUCCCACUUCAGAGAAACUCUCACCAAGGUCUUCUUCAAACAGUUUGAGGUACUGUCUGAGACCACUGAUCUAUAUGUCUAUUAUGUCUAGAACCACUUUGUUGGAGGCAGGUGGUUGCUGAUGUAAUGAACCUGGUACAAAAACCCUAUCCACCCUGACUAGAUGGGUGUAAGCAAAAUAGUGAAUGCAAUGCUCCCCUAAGCCAAUUGGGAAGCUAGAUGGAGCCAUCUCCAUAUUGCUUACUCCUAACAGUAGGUGGAAGACAAAAUUAUUUUUUAUUUUCAGAUCAGGCGAUGGAUGUUUUGGAUUUGUCUCAUACCCAUGAUGCAUCUGUGUUUUCCAGGUGCCUUCGGUGCUGUUUGCCCCCAGCCACCUCAUGUCCAUCAUGUCUCUGGGCAUCAACUCAGGCCUGGUGAUGGACUGUGGCUACACAGAGACAUUGGUGCUGCCAGUGUAUGAGUGCAUCCCCAUCCUGCCAGCCUGGGAAGCCCUGCCUUUGGGUGGAAAGGCCAUUCAUAAGUAAGUAGUGUGCAUGUGUUUUUUUUUUUAGAUGGCGUAAUCAUGCAAAGCUGUUUGCGUGUGUGUUACUUUGCUUGUCUCACGUACUGAACUUCAGGGAAACAACCUGUUGUUCACCUCUUGAGAACUGUGUGUUUCAAGCCGCAAUUUCUUGGUUUGCCUGCCUUGACAGAAUCAAGUGUAUCAAGGUAUGUGCUUUCAGAGGUACUUGUCCCCCUUUGUUCUAAGUGGCUGUGUGUGUUCUAUCCUUCAGGGAGUUGGAUGGGCUCCUGGUGGAACAGUGUACAGUAGACUCAGACUCCAGCACUGGACAGAGUCUACCUACAGUCAUUGGUAAGACCCCCACAUCAGAAAGAUACUAGUCAAUAACACCAGCAACUUACCUCACAACUGAUGCAGUGCUUUGUCAUUGUAUAAACGGUGUUAGUUUGCUACGUGGAUCCUCUUGUUUUCUGUGGCUAUAUCAUGCAUUGUGAAUAGCUGUUGUUGACAAUCUUGUUAAUUAAUUUUUCAAAAUUAGUUUCAUAAUGAUGCUGGUGUUCCAUUGGUAAAAGAAAGGAAGAAAGUUAUAAUCUCUCUCUGAGUGAAUCAAUCAUGCAACAUUUUAUAUUCAGAAGUCCUUGUUAUAGCGUGAUGUAAAAGGAAGGAGAGACUCUUCUCUUUUGAAUUAUAUAUAUACACAUGGCCUCCUUUCUCUCCUUCUGUACUGUAUCCUGGGGGUUCUGUUCUGUUCUGUUCUGAGAGUGAAUCAUUAUGAAGAGCAGCAGUAGCUCUCUAGCUAGCUGACGCAGGGCUAGGCAGUUCGGAUAGGCAUCAAUAAUUAAAACAGGCAUAGCAUAGACAACCUCUCUCUCUGCACUACUGAACCUCACCACUGCAGAACCACGGCACGACUGAAUGGAGUAUUACAGUCAAAUGACUGAUGUAGACUAUGCAUUGGCUCGACUGUUAUGACUGCAUACAUUAAACUGUAGCAAACAUAUCUGGAGCAUGUAAAAAGUAUAUAUCAAAUUGGGACUUGUGAACUGCUUUGCACUUAUCAAGAGUGGAUAUAAUCCACUCUCUUCACUUUCUCCAUACUUCCUAAACCCAUGAGUGCACCUCUGUAGUCGAAUGUGGUUUCCUCUCCUUGUCUCAGAUGCACCCCUCCAUGGCGUGCCCCAUUCGACUGCAAUGAGACAAUCAUUUAGUACAGUAGUAGGAGCAUUGACGUGAAAUGAAGGGCUCUAUGUGAGGUUUGUGUUUUAGGGAGGCUAAGUCACUUUCUUUUUAUCCUAUAUUUCUUUCCCAGGCUCCAUCCCAGAGGAGGUUGUAGAGGAUAUCAAGGGUAUGUUCAAAAGAGACUGAAACCACUUGUUUUUAUUGGCUUCAUACAGACAAAACAGACAAUGCUGGGACGGGAUUCCUGUUUGGCAGUUAAAUUAAAUGGAUUUAGCUACAAAGGGCAGCUAAAGCAAAUUUAUUUUCAAACAUAUCUUCACCUGAUUCAUGUAUGUUGGUGCUAGCAUAUUCACGUAGACCCUCGAAUGCUGUUUGUGUUGUCUUGUUAUCCAGUCAGGACCUGUUUCGUCAGUGACCUACAGAGAGGCCUGAAGAUCCAGGAGGCCAAGUUUAACCUGGAGGGAACGGCUAAGGUCAGUGAUAUUUGACUAUGUCAUGUCUAUGUUUGGAUUGUGUCCGGUAUUUCAAAGAGUAGUUAUUGCUGUGUUCUUCCAAUAAAUGCCAUUCAUUAAAGUUAGUGUGGUGAGUAUUAUAGUCCAGUGCAUUUGAGACCCUCACAUCCAUGUUCUUCCCCUUGUAGCGUCCAACACCACCCCCUGAUGUUGAUUACCCAUUGGAUGGGGAGAAGAUUCUGCAUAUUAAGGGACCAAUCAGGUAGCUGUUUGUCCUCUGGUCCCCCACCCCCCUGAAUAGCUGUUACACUUUACUAACACUAGCAAUGUAGAAAACGAUGAAACAUAUCCUCAACUGGAUACAAGUAAUGAUACAAUUACAAGACACAGCAAAUGGGUUGUCCAUUUUAUUAAUGUCCAGAACAUUUCAAACCUAGAUAUUUGGUUCUGUGUCUCCUCUUUUAAUAUCUGGGUCACCUUCUAUUAUUGAAUCUGGGUUGUCUCUGCAAGGUCAUUCACCAUGAGUGUCUGUCUGCUCUUCUCAACGGCGGCUAAUGAGACGCUGCAAUUUCCCCUUGGAAUUUAAAUGAAAUAAGGGUUGUCUUUUUGCAAACACUUUAGUGCAGGGUCUAUUGAGUGACGUGAUGGUUCUGUUUUGUAGGGAAUCGUAAUACAAUUAAGAUGAUGUAUUGUAGGGUCUCUGAGUGACUUGUGGGUUGUUGUGAUUUGCAGGGACUCUGUGAUGGAGAUGCUGUUUGAGCAGGACAACGAGGAGAAGAGUGUGGCGUCGCUGGUGCUUGACGCUCUGGUCAAGGUAACAUUUGUAUUUAUCUAGAAAAAUGCCAUAUAUUAAUCUGUGCCUUAGAAAGGAAAAUGGUUUCUUUCUGCUCAAACAGCAAGAGAUGAGAUGCUGCCGAAAUAUGUGGGUACUGAAUUCGUAAGUUGCAACACUCUUCAUCAGUAAUUACUGGACAAUGUUGCUUUGGUCACAACGACCUUUCAUCAGACAUCUGCGUCUUCUAAUUAAAAUCAGCCAUUCCAUAAUUCCUUCCUUCCUUAUCUUCCAUUUUGUGAUGAAGAACGCUUCCCACCGAAACGUACGAGAUACUUACUUUAACCCUAUUACCAUAGCAACACUUCCAGACUCUCUGGUUCGCUGAGGUGAAAUCGGCUUGGUUCCUUUGAGAGGAGCCAGAUCAGACCAACGACAGACCAUUAAUCUCAAUAGGCAGAGCAGCCUCCAUUACUCUUGCUGCUGGCCUAGUGCUUGUGCUGCACUCACUCUGUCAAGCACAGUAACAUAAGCACUCAUUGGUCUCAGUGGACUAGUGUGACAGGCAGUGCAUGAAGCUAGUUAACGGUCCACUCCACUUCUCUACAGUUUGCAAUGUCAAUGAGAUUUCUCUCCUGAGAGACCAGCACUUCUGUCCUGCUCAGGAGUAACAGGGCCGCAGUGAAGUCAGCAACCUGGCCCUCGUUUAUCAUGCUCAUGUCCAUGUGAGCCUAUGUCUGCAUUUAUAAUCGUGCAUGACCAUUUUCCUCUCUAAUGCAGUAAGUUCAGUACAUGUAUACAUUACGGCCAUACUGCAUGCAUGCUGAACUACUUCUACCUGGUUAGUCAGAAGAGUCUGGUUCCUCUCUAGGUUUCUUCCCACCCAGGCCCUAAGGAGUUUUUCCUUGCCACUGUCGCCUCUGCUUGGCACAUUUUGCUGUGAAGCACUUAUCAAGCACAACUGAUUUAGGCGAAAAAUGAAAAACAAUUGAUAAAUUUCUUCUCAUCAUAUGUUUAAAAAAAAUCUUAUUAAACACCCAUUUCUGUCCCAUAGACAUUAAUAACCAGCUUGGGAGUUGAAGUCCAGCUUGCUGUUAAGUUUGUGAACAGUACAUUUGAGAAAAGAUGACUGAUUGAUACAUUUGUAACCACACGUUAUCAUCUGAUUAACCCCCUUAGUGUCCCAUCGACACUCGUAAGGCUCUGUCUGAGAAUCUGGUGAUCAUCGGGGGCACGGCCAUGAUGCCUGGCUUCCUGCACCGGCUCCUGGCUGAGAUACGCCUCCUGGUGGAGAAACCCAAGUACCGCGACGCCCUGGCCACCAAGAGCUUCAGGCUGCACAGUCCUCCAGCCAAACCCAACUGCACCGCAUGGCUCGGAGGUGAGACACAGAUUAGUCUGAUAACCAACCUUGUCCUUAUACACUGUAAAGCUGUAUGGGUCCGAUGGAUGUAGGAAUACAGUAGUAACUAAGCUGUGAAUAACCCUGUGUCUCCUGCUUUCCUCUCCCUGUGUAGGAGCAAUCUUUGGAGCACUGCAGGACAUCCUUGGUAGUCGUUCCGUGUCCCGUGACUACUACAACCAGACAGGCCGUAUCCCAGACUGGUGCUGUCUCAGCUCCCCGCCCCCAGAAUCAGUCUAUGAUGCAGGGAAGACCCCACCACCGCUCAUGAAGCGAGCCUUCUCCACCGAGAAAUAAACCACCAGAUCAGACACUGUCUACUCCUAGUCUGCAUCUGCUAUGUCAUCCUAUACCCUAAAUAGUGCACUACUUUGGGCCUUGGUCCUGGGGGAAAAAGUGCCAUUUCAGAAGUAGUCCACACUAGACACAACAAACUCAUCCCAGACGUAACAAGUCAGACCUACCAGAUGUUAUAGGUGCGUCUCAAUAGUCUAUUGUGGCUUCCUGUCCUCAUGCUCUUCCCCUCAUCUGUACUAAACAGAAUUGGUGGUGGUGAGAGCAGUAUGGCAAAAUCCUGCGACAAAGGAGACAAGGCCACAAAGUCACUUUAGACUAUGGAGAUGCAGCCAGCAUCUCAACCCCCAGACGGCUGUGGAUUAUGGGGGUUGUAGUUUUAGUUCUGUCAGUCUUUAUGUGCCUGUUCUUGUUCUGUAAGACUCGUACUGACGUAUGCCACACUGCCAUCCAGACUCUGCUCACUUAUUGCUAAACUACAGCUCACUGAUACAGUAGUCAGCAUUUUAAUUGAGAGAACUGUGUUGUGGCCAUGGAUUCAGGGGUCAGGGAGAGACGUUCCUGGCCCAGAUCCUUGUACACAAGGCGGUCUUCAACAGAUUUGUGGCCAUUUGUUGACUCAGUGGAUUUGACUCAGUUUUCCUUGCUGAACGGACACUUUUCAUAUUAAAACAUGCUGUGGAGCUGUAUUUCAAAAACUGUCAGUAAGAAAAUUGACUGUAGGUGAACCAGAUCAGUUGCAGUUCAGUAUUCAAAUUUGGCUUUGUCAAGUUGCUCUUUAUGUAGUCAUUGUGAAUGCUACCCCCAGGCAUUGUUUUUCAGCAAAUAUUAAGUGUUUUAUUUGCUAUUUAUUUAUUGUUUCUUCUUUGCCAUGUGAACCAUUAUAAUAUCAGUUUCAAUCUCCUAAGAGCUCAUAUCUGUAAUGCAUCAACUCAAAUAGCUUUAAAUAAACAUUCCUGAAACGUUCCCGCUGUUGCCCGUUUCCUUUUCCUUCAUGUUGUCUUUCCUGUCUUGUCUGUGUAUGUCACUCUGCCCCCUCAGUCUUUCAUGAGACUUCUUUCUCACUCUCCAGAGCCUUCAAGUGAUGUUUCACACAGAUAUUCCCACAGCUUGCUUCACUGUUAGAAAGCAUACUGGAGAACAUGAAUAAUGUUCACUCUUUAAGGAUGUGAGGAGACAGCAGUCAGGGGUAUUGUUUGAAGAUAGUUUAGGGGUAUAUCCCAGCCCCUUUACUUCCAAAGUAAUGAACACCAGGCCAAAGUAAUCAUCAUAAAAGUGCUAGGUACUGUUAAUACUGUGUGACAGUAGUGAGUCUGGCAAGCAAGCACCAAGUGGCUUGACUUCUCUUUUUAUGUCAUAAAGACGGAGAGAUAAAAAAAGAAUGUUGAUAUGGUCUUCAUCGUUUCGGGUCGAAACGUUGCGCAAUAAAACAAUGGGACCAUAAUGCACCAACUCACUGAGACCAUUGUGCGGGUAUCUAUUCAUGAUUUCAUGCAAGUCAUUGAAACAUUAAUUAUCAUCCAUAUUUGGCAUGAAUAAAGGAUAGCACAGUCAUAGUGUAUGAUCGUGUGCAAUACAUGCAAUGUGACUGUUUUUUAUUCCAGGUCCUCUAUCCUCCUGGAUUCAUAUCAGUUUACACAGACACACACACACCUCCGAGUUCCACAAUGACAUGCAAUCAUAUAGCUGAGAUCCCUUUG